AGGGCUGGGGGCGUGGCCGGGGCGGGGAUACGCGUCAAAGUACCUGUGAGAAGCAUUGCCCGGUCCCUGCUUUCCUGUGCGCGGCGGUGGCGUUCAGGACCAUGCGGAAAGUGGUUUUGAUCACCGGGGCGAGCAGUGGCGUUGGCCUAGCCCUCUGCAGGCGGUUGCUGGAGGAAGACGAUGAGCUUCACCUGUGCUUGGCGUGCAGAAACAUGAGCAAAGCAGAAGCCGUCCGCGCUGCUCUGCUGGCCUCCCACCCUGCCGCUGAGGUCACGACUGUGCAGGUGGAUGUCAGCAGCCUGCAGUCGGUGUUCCAGGCCUCCAAGGAGCUCAAGCAAAGGUUUCAGAGAUUAGACUGUGUAUAUCUAAAUGCUGGGAUCAUGCCUAAUCCACAGCUAAAUCUCAAGGCACUUUUCUGUGGCCUCUUUUCAAGAAAAGUGAUUCAUAUAUUCUCCACAGCUGAAGGACUGCUGACCCAGCAUGACAAGAUUACUGCUGAUGGACUCCAGGAGGUGUUUGAAACCAAUGUCUUUGGCCACUUUAUCCUGAUUCAGGAACUGGAAUCUCUCCUGUUGCACGAUGACAGUCCAUCUCAGCUCAUCUGGACAUCAUCUCGCAAUGCAAUGAAAUCUAACUUCAGCCUUGAGGACAUCCAGCAUAGCAAAGGCCAGGAGCCCUACAGCUCUUCCAAAUAUGCCAUUGACCUUCUGAGUGUGGCUUUGAAUAGGAACUUCAACCAGCAGGGUCUGUACUCCAGUGUUGUGUGUCCAGGCACAAUGCUGACCAAUUUGACAUACGGAAUUCUGCCGCCCUUUGUGUGGACGUUGAUCACACCCAUCAUACGGCUGUUCCGCUUUUUUGCAAAUGCUUUCACGUUGACACCAUACAAUGGAACAGAAGCACUGGUCUGGCUUUUCCACCAAAAGCCUGAGUCUCUCAAUCCUCUAGUGAAAUAUCUGAGCGCCACCACUGGCUUUGGAAACAAUUACGUAGUGUCCAAAAAGAUGGAUCUAGAUGAAGACACUGCUGAAAAAUUUUACCAAAACUUACUGGAACUGGAAAAGCAUAUUAGGGUCACCUUUCAAAACACUGAUAACCAGAGCUGAAAAUGAUGCUCUCUGAAACCUUUCAUGCCUUCUGUGGAUUCUGGAGCACAAGGGUUUCUACUGAGUUGGGUGCCAUGCAUUCAGGGGAAACUGUGAGCUCUAAUUGUCUCUUCGUUUCAGAAUCACCUCUGUGACUGGGCAUGUGUGUGUACACAUGAGAAAGAGAUUGAUGAAGUAUCAUAUAUUCUUAAGAAUGAUGUCACAUCAAAAUUGUGCUAGAGUCCCUUAACCGAGUAUCUGUUUAUUUGUUCUGCCAACUGGAGCCCAAGCUGCACUUCAUGGGAUGAGGUGUAGACUUGAAUAAUCGUGACAUACACACACACACACGUUCUUUUCACCAGCAGGAGGAAGUACUGCUCAUUCUCUGAGUGGCAAUCUUAGCCUUGUUCCUUUCCUUGUGAGUAGUUUUUCUAGGUCUUGUACCUUAUUUCUUCCUCUACAUGCUGCUUUUACCAAUCCUAAUACAGGUGCCCGUGUAAUUAAUCAUAGUAACAAGUGUAUAUGUGUUUAGGCCAUUUGGAUUAUUCUUUUCUUAUUUUAAAAAUGUCUUUCAUUGAUAUUGAGUUAGUCCAUGUUAAUAGUGGGCCUGAGCUUUAACACAAUUUGCAAAUUUGUUUAUUACUGACCAACUCAUUUUCAUGACAUAUUUUAGUGGAUGUAAUCUUGCAGCAAAAAUGAUUUACUCAAAUUGUUUCAAUGAAAUUUUCCAAUUGAAUUAUUACUGGUGGAAUGUCUCCUGGUAUCAGUAAUGGUCGAAAGUGGUUAGGACUUAGUUUGCGUGAUAUGAAGACAAAAUGCUAAAACGCUUGCAUGUUUCAAUAAACACCUAGAAUGUAAUAGAGUAACACUUUGAAUGAGUUAAUGUGAAAAUUAUAAGUAAACAUAAUUUCUGUACAUUUUAAAGUAUGGAUUUUUGGUUAUACUUUCUCUGUUGCUAAAGAUAUUUUAAAUAACAUUAAACAUAAGUGAAAAUGAGGGCCGAACACUCCACUGUCUUCAAGAUAGAAGGAUGAAACUGGAGAGAGCAGAGCUGGUUUUUGCUCUUCUGUUCACUCACUGUUAAUUGGGAAGAAGCACUUUAAUCAUGUAUCUCAAACUCUUCAUUUGUGGAGUAAUUAUCUUUCUGCUUCCUCCAUUCAUGGGUAUGAAGUGAGCAUUAAAUGCAAUAAUGUAUGUGAAUGAAUAA